GGGGAGGCGCUUCUUUCACAGAUGUUAGUCAGGGGGGUUGUGAUUACGUUUUCAUGUCUUUUUGCCACAAAAAAUCUAAUUCAAAAGCAACGUCACCUUCUGCGACCAACAGAAAACCCACCAUGCAGUGAGACGAGGCAGAUGCAGGAUUCACAGCGGAGGGUCUGUGACAGUGUUUGGUGACAGUUCACACGUAGAGCUAUUCCUGGCAGCGGUCAGUAGAGGGAGCUCCUCCUCUGUCCUGACUGGCAGCGGCUCCGAUCUCUGGUCUGAUCGCUCACACAUCGCACUUCAUACUCUGCGGCAGACAGUGCUGGAGCCCACUCUGCAGAGCAUCACUUCAGGACUUUACAUCCCACCUGGCACUGCACCCCAGACUCCACUUUACCGAUUAUUGCCCCAAACCUGUUCUGCAGAUUAUUCUUCCAAACCCUGUAUCCCACCUAACACUGUACAGAGCGCACUCUGCAGAUUAUUACAGCAGACUGUAUCCCAUACGACGCUGCAGAUUAUCUCACCAGACUUUUUAUUACACACUGGAUCACAUCUGCCCGGACCCUGUCUGCAGAUCAUCUCUCCCGACACUCCAUCUGGUCCUGGAUUUUCCCCAUAUUCACACAGAUCUGGGCUGCACACACAGAGACAUGGGAGUGUGACCCUAAACCGGAGGCGACAAUACACAGAAUGGAGCCCGGCGGAGACUCAGAGACCAGAAGACUGGUGGAGCCCAACAAGGGAGGGGGCGGCCUGAAGAUCAAGAGUCUUUUUACAGGCACCAAGGAACUCUUUCCAGGAUUUCCUUUCCAGAAUGGGGGUUCCUCAGUGUCCAUUGAGCUGGAGAGGCCGGUCUCCCAGCACUGCCAUGGUUCCUGCUCAUUCUCCGACAAUCAACAGAAGCUGACGGCGCGGAAGAAGCUGUACUUUGCCUGUGUGGUGUGCUUUCUCUUCAUGAUCGGAGAGGUCGUAGGAGGGUAUAUUGCGCAUAGUCUGGCCAUCAUGACGGAUGCCGCCCAUCUCCUGACUGACCUGGGAAGUAUGUGCGUCAGCCUCUUCUCCCUGUGGAUAUCUACCCGACAACCAACAAAGGACAUGACAUUCGGCUGGCACCGCUCAGAAAUCCUGGGAGGAUUGGCCUCUGUCCUCUCCAUCUGGAUUGUCACUGGGAUUCUGCUGUACCUGGCCACCGCUCGGAUCAUCAAUAAUGACUAUGACAUUGAUGGACAUGUCAUGCUCAUCACCUCCGGCUGCGCCUUCAUCGUCAACAUCAUUAUGGCCUACAUCCUCCACCAGUCCACAACCUUCCAUGGGCACAGUCACGGCUCAGGCUACGAGAAGAUCGGCGACAGUCAAAGCAGCGGGCUGUCUCUACACCUGGGUCACCACGGAAACACGAGCGUCCGAGCAGCAUUCAUUCACGUGAUCGGUGACCUUCUACAAAGUAUUGGAGUCAUGGUUGCUGCCAUUAUUAUUUACUUCAAACCUCAGUAUAAGAUCGCUGAUCCCGUCUGCACCUUCCUCUUCUCCGUCUUUGUCCUGGCGACAACAAUCACCAUUUUACGUGAUGUGUUUUGGGUUCUAAUGGAAGGCAGACCCCGCAGUAUCGCACAUGCCGCAGUGAAGGAAGUUCUUAUGUCUGUUCAGGGGGUCCAGUCUGUACAUUGCCUACGGCUUUGGGCUCUCACCCUCAGUCAGAACAUAGUGUCCGUGCAUUUGGCCAUCGAUGAGUCUCGAGAGGCCGACGUUGUUCUCCGAGAGGCCACAGAACUCCUUCAGAGCAAAUUCGAGUUCUUUAUUUGCACAAUCCAAGUGGAAAGAUACGUGGAAGACAUGGCAGUGUGCCCACAGUGCCAAGACCCAACCGGAUGACCAAAAUGCCUUCUCUAAACGCCCCCCUCCAUCAGUAAGAGUGGAACCAGAUGCUGGAACAUGCUGGGUGUUGGGCACAGUCAUAUGGGCUCCAUCUAUUCAUGCUUGCCAUGCUCUCUCCAAAAACCUCAGAAUAGACGUCCGACCUGAUAACAUGAUAAUGGAAGGAACAGCCCGAAUAGACUAAGAGAGAACUAGAAACUAGGCCAGUGUUUCCCAAAUGCGGAUUUGCUUCGUCUUUCACAGGUGAUAUAACUGUGGUGAUGCCUGAUUCACUGACCAUAAUUACAUCACCUGUGAAAGACUAAGGAAAUCCAGAAAACAUGACCUGUUGGGGGUGCUUGAGGACCGCAUAUGGGAAACACUGAACUAGGCAAACGAGCCUGAAAAUAUCACCAUGAGGAGAAAUGAGAUAGGCAAUGUACAUAUCCACAAUAUUGUCCACCAUAAUAUAGAAGUUACCAAUGAAGGAAGCUUCUGGAUACGGGGGACCAUAAACAUGACCACAAUAUGCUGAGGUGUUUAAAACAGCGCCACUUUCAUCCAUGGCUGUGUCUAGUAUUACAGCUCUGCAGCAUCCAAGUGAAUAUCAGAAACAUGAACAAGAACGAUGUGAAUUCUGAUAAGAGCAAAAUUGUAGAUUAUAAGAGAGAACUGGUAUCAGUGAGAAAUUAUUUGCCGACGAAUAGUUUAUAAGGUAAAAAAAAACAACAACAAAAAAACGACAUGAGCUCAUUGAAUUUUACCUAAACCCCAACUGUGUUGAGCCAGAGGAUAGAAAACCCUCUAUGAGGCUGAUGCCAAUUGCCCCAUGACAGGGGAAGAAUUCCUUCCCGACCCCAAGAUGAGAAUUUACAUUAUCCCUCCCCUGUUAUCUGACAUUGGAUUCUCCUGUGUAAAUACAGUAGAGAAGGCAUUUAGUAGAUUGGCCUUUUCCUCAUCCUCCACCAGUACACCCAGAUUAUUUCUUAGGGGGCCAACAUUUUCAUUUUUAGUUUCUUUUUAUGUAGGUAAAGAAUAUUUUUGGGUUCUUUUUACUUUCUAUGGCAAUCGUUCUCAAGUUGCAAUUUUUUCUAGUUUCUAGUUUUAUUUCAUUUUUUUGCAGACCUUAUAUUUUUUUAACGUUUUCCCACUACCUUCUUGUUUAAAUAGUCCGAACACUUUCCUAUUAUCAUUUAUCGCAUCUCUUACUACUCUGGUAGCCAAAUUGGUUUCCUCCUAUUUCUAGCCUCUUUAUUCCCGUAGGGUAUAUGCCGUUCACAAAAUCUAUUCAGGACACUUAGUCCCAUUUGGCUUGUGCACUUUUAUUACUGAGGGCACGGUCCCAAUGUAUGUCACCGGGGGCGCGGUCCCAAUCUAUGUCACUGGGGGGGCGCGGUCCCAAUCUAUGUCCUGAGGGCGCGGUCCCAAUCUGUCACCAGGGACACAGUGACAAUUGAUCUUCCUGAAGUUUAAUGUUUUUGUAGCCCCACUACUAGAUCUCUUGUUAUAGGAUAAAUGAAAACGUAUCUCGUCACCAUUUCCAAGAUGUCCCCCAACCUCUACUUCACCAGGUUCUAUGUCAUCCACUCCACCUCAUGAAGACCAGAGUGGUCCAGGGCUGAUUCACUGGGACCUGUAGACGUCACGAGGAGUAACUAAGAUGGUGUUGAUCAAUCCUGCAGCUGCAUAUAGACCCUGAAGGCGUCACUCACCGUAGUCCAUCCCUAUAGUGUUACAUUUCUUAGAAGAUAUUUUGUAGGUUUCUAGAGGUUGGGAAAUAACCAGAAACGUCUGAGGAAUCACAAACUCCAUACAGACAUUUCUCUGAAUUUUUUGGCUUGGUGACGAGUCAUUUACAAACUUUACUCUGAUUACGAUUGGUGCCACCAAGAACAUGGAACCCCCCAGUAUGACCCUGUUAGGAGGCAAUCGAGAUCCCAGCAUUUCCAUCCUGGCUUCCUGAUCUGCACAGAUGCCAUUCCACAUCAGAAUACACACUGUCGUCACCUGGAUGGGAUGACUCCAUUUCCCGCCAUCAUCAUGUGACUGUGACCCAAGACCAGCCGUCUGCCUCUGGUUCCACUUCACCUAUGCAGCGUUCUGCCGACAUUCCAAAGUGAAGCGUGAUGCCCCAUCACCGCUGUGACGCCAUAUAAUGUGAGCUCUCACCUUGGUCAGAUAUCGUGCAAUCUAUUGUGUCAUGUGACGUGAGAGCUUUAAUGUCAUGUGUGCUGUACAUAUGUGCGUGGGCAAGAAUGCCAGCUGGGACAUGACCUCUACGGGCCAAGUGUCUCCUGGAAAUAUCUAAAAUAUAGGAUCCAGAAAAAUUGAUGGUAGACGUGGAAAUGUUGGGUAUAAAAGGUAGGCCAAAGCUUAGUAGAGCCCAAGACGGGGGCCAAACUGCCAAUUCAUCCCACCUAUUAAAGGGGUAC